UGGUACAUUUUUUGGACACUCCUCAGAAGUCCUUGAUUAAGGAUGGUUGGAUAUUCGAUUUUCAAAAAAAUCAAACCACAAUACCUGAAUUCUACUCUAAUUUCUACUUUGAAUUUAUUAAUUGGGAAGCAAUAGGAGAAACCAUUCCAACAAUGAUUACUCUGGUAUUCUUUACAAUACUAAGUGUUAAUAUAAAUGUUAGCAAAUUGAAAGCUUCACUUGAUGACCAUCAACUUAACACAGAUCGUGAACUGAUUGUUCAAGGAGUUUCCAAUUUAAUUGCAGGAACUUUUCAAG